AUGGAGUUUACCCAGCCUACGCAAACACAACCAACCCAGCAAUCACCUCCAACUCAAACCCAAGAUGGUAGAGAAGUUGACUCGAAGUUAAUAUGUCGAUUUAUAUGUGCAACGGGUCAAUUGAAAUGCUUCGACUUUGGUAAAGAGAAAGAAACUAUCAAUGGUAAAAAGGAGUGGGUUAUUGGAAGGGGUACAGAUUGUGAUUUCAAAAUGAACUUUUCUUCAAGACUUUCAAGUAAACAUUUCAAAGUAUGGUUAAAUGAACAUGAUAAGUCUUUAUGGAUUCAAGAUAAUUCCACCAAUGGUACAUAUUUAAACAAUAAUAGAUUAGUCAAGGGUUCAAAUUAUAUAUUAAAUCAAGGAGAUGAAAUAUCGGUAGGAAAUGGUGUACCGAAAGAUGUGGCAAAGUUUGUGGUGUUGUUCUCCGAUGGUUAUAAUCCACUUAAACUAUCAACUUCAAAUCAAAAUUCAAUAAUUCAAGAUGAAGGAAUACAUAAGGAUUUUACAAUUAAAAGUGAGACCAUAGGUCAAGGUGCUUUUGCAACUGUGAAAAAGGCUAUAGAGAGAUCCACAGGUAAAUCUUUUGCCGUCAAAAUUAUAAAUAGAAGAAAAGCAUUGAAUACUACAGGUGGUGGAGCAUUGGAAGGUGUUGAUCGAGAAUUGUCCAUUUUGAGAGAGUUGGAUCAUCCUAAUAUUGUCGCAUUGAAAGCAUUUUACGAAGAUAUGGAUAACUACUAUAUAGUAAUGGAAUUAGUUCCAGGAGGUGAUUUGAUGGAUUUUGUGGCUGCAAAUGGAGCAAUUGGUGAAGAGGCAACUCAAGUUAUAACUAAACAAAUUUUAGAAGGAAUAAAAUAUGUACAUGAAAAGGGAAUAUCACACAGAGAUUUAAAGCCAGAUAAUAUUUUAAUUAUGCAAGAUGAUCCAAUUUUGGUCAAGAUAACGGAUUUUGGUUUAGCUAAAUUUAGUGAUAAUUCUACUUUUAUGAAAACAUUUUGUGGAACUUUAGCAUAUGUGGCUCCUGAAAUUAUAACUGGUAAAUACGAACAGACUACUGAUAAUGGAAAAAGAAAUUAUUCAUCCCUUGUUGAUUUAUGGUCAUUGGGUUGUCUUGUCUAUGUAUUACUCACCUCACAUUUACCCUUUAAUGGGAAAACGCAAGCACAGAUGUUUCAAAAGAUCAAAUUAGGUGAAUUCCAUGAGGCACCUUUAAAUUCAUACCAUAUUUCACACGAAGGUAGAGAUUUCCUAAGGCAAUGUUUACAAGUAAAUCCAAGAUUACGUAUCACUGCCGAUGAAGCUUUGAACCAUGAUUGGAUCCAAGGAGCUUACUGCGAAGAAUCUCAACUGCAAAAACCUUUAAGUUUAUCACAAUCACAAUCACAACAAUCAAGGAAGAUAGAUAAUGACGUUAUGUUCAGGCCUUUAGAGGGUAAGAAAGUCAAAACUGGUAAUAACGCAUUCAAAGUUCCGAAGAGAGUUAUUCCAUUACCUCAAACACAAGCACCACCCGCAAGUCAACAACAAAGAGCCUCCUCUCAACAACCUUAUGAACCAAAUAUAUCAAGCUCACAACCGAAUAGAGCAAGAAGAAAUAGUAAUGAUGAUGAGAAUGAAAAUGAAUCUUCAAAAUUGAACUUUAAAAAACAAAAAUUCGCAUCUCAAAUUGAUAAUUCCUCAAGCAGGAAUUCAACAGCAUUUAACAAUAUAACGAACUUACAAAAGAAACGAUUAGUAGGCAAUAAUGGAUUGCUGAAUAUUGCUGAAGUGUCAACAGAAACUUAUCCUAAGGGAACUUGGUUAACUUUAGAGCCACUCCAAGACUCAAUGUAUACUAGCCCAGUCCACAUGGAUGAAUUAAAUUAUCAUUCAAUUGGUAGACUGGAAGUAUGUGAUACUUGGAUAAAUGAUGAUAGAAUGUCUAAAAUCCACUGUAUAUUUCAUAGAUCUAGAAGCAAUCCUGAUGGAGAAUAUGUCAUAGAGUUAUUAGACAUUAGUACAAAUUCAUGUGCUGUGGGCGAACAAACUAUAGGUAAGGGUAGAAAAAUCAUAAUACGAGAUAAAGAUAUCGUACAUUUAUUUAUGGAUGACAGCUCGAAUGAACUGAUUGGAUUUAGGGUCAUUGAUAGAAAUGCAAAGAAAUCAGUCAGCGAAGAAAUUCCUAAAGUUACUCCCAUGACUUCAAUCGAUAACUCUCUUAGAGAAAAGGUUCUGACUGGCUUCAGUCGUUAGCGAUUAUACAUUAUGUUAGACUUUAAUAUAUACAGCUU